AUUGCUGCUGGAUACUGCUACCUUCUUGCUUUGGCUUGUCAUCGCAGUGGCAUGUCAGUAUAUUCCGUCGGUUGUGGGUUAGGUGGAAAGCUCGGACACGGUGCAAGAACUGAUGAGAAGCAGCCGAGAUUAAUUGAACAGUUUCAAAAUUUGAAUCUUCAACCCAUAGAGGUUGCUGCUGGUGCAUGGCAUGCUGCAGUAGUCGGAAGAGAUGGACGUGUUUGUACAUGGGGUUGGGGACGUUAUGGGUGCUUGGGCCAUGGGAAUGAAGAUUGUGAAUCAAUUCCUAAGGUGGUCGAAGCACUGAGCAAUAUUAAAGCUGUACAUGUCGCCACAGGGGAUUAUACGACCUUUGUUGUUUCAGAUGAUGGUGAUGUUUACUCAUUCGGGUGUGGAGAAUCGUCUAGUCUUGGACAUAAUAUCGCAGCUGCUGAUGGACAGGAAAAUCGGCAAGUGAAUGUCUUAAGCCCCAAGCUCGUAACAUCGCUAAAGCAGGUGAAGGAAAGGGUCGUGCAGAUAAGCCUCACGAAUUCCAUAUACUGGAAUGCGCAUACUUUUGCACUCACAGAAUCUGGUAAGCUAUAUGCAUUUGGUGCUGGUGACCAAGGACAGCUAGGUGUCGAGCUUGUUGACAACCAAACCGAAAGGGCAAACCCUGAAUUGGUCGAGAUUGAUCUCAGUUAACGUCUAGAUAAAGUCUCGAUCUUCUAUUUAUGAUUCAUGUGACCAUUAUACUGUUGCAUUUCGGGUAUAUAUUUCUAUGUUUAUUCUGUAAAUAGAAACAAUGAUUGUGAAUAAGCUAGGAAUGUAGGGGUACUGGAGAAUUGACCUCUUAGAAAUCUGUUAGCUUUGUCUUAAUAUUAAUAAAUUGUUGACACAAUUUUUCUAGCUUGGUUUCA